UGGAAGCUAGCUAGCCUAUAAAUAGUAUCAGGCGCUCCAUCUUAUUCACAUAUCUUAGCUUGAGACCUUCUCUUGCUCCACAUAUUUACCAUUAGGAUCUAGCUACAAAGCUUGCUCGGCAACAAUGGCUGCAGGUGGGGCUUCUCUUCUUGCCUUCUCUUUUUUUUCCAUGCUGGUCAUGUCUUCCCUGGGGGGUCCUAGGCCUUUAUGCAGCGACUGCGAGACGCUGUGCCGUACCAACUGCGAUGCAGAGGUUGAAACCCUCUGCGGCAGUACCUGCGACUACAACAACAGCGGUCAGGCCGACUGCCGGCGUCAGCUCUUGAAGAGGUGCACCACAGAAGGUACCUGCUGCAGUAGCAACGGCACAUGCACUUGUGAUUGCAACACUGUAGCUCAAAACGGUUGCUUCGGGGUCAGCGACGGGUACACACGCUGCGGUUCAUGCAAGCUUGGCAGGUUCAACCAGUGCUAUCCCACCUGCAAGAACGACUGCAACAACAACUGCAAGAAGAAGAAAGGGUGCCACGCAUAGGAAAACCACAUGUAAUCGGGGCCGGGUGCCCUGCAUAGGAAAUAACAUGGCUCCUUGCAGUCGUGCGUAGAUUUCUUUAAACGCAAUGUGAUGAUGUUUUA